AUGCUGCUGUUUGUGAUCAGCCUUGCCGCUUUAGUGUGCGCCGUCGCUGCACGGCCUCCACUCAGCUACCUGGAGAACCAUUUCACCGCCGAGAAUGAAUCAGUGGAAGUACGCUCAGCUGCAAUCAAGAGACUUUUGGAAGUUUUUGGGAUGGAUGAUCCCCCUGCUAUGCAUGGACACAAACAGCCACCUCAGUACAUGCUCGAUCUGUACAACACUGUUGCUGAUGUGGACGGUGUGACUAAGGACCCGUAUCUGCUUGAGGGAAAUACUGUGCGCAGCUUCUUUGACAAAUUGCGCAGUGAACAGGUGGAGUUCAGGUUCAAUUUGUCCACGGUUGCAAUAACUGAGAAGAUUCUCACUGCAGAGCUGCAUCUUUUCAAGCUGCGACCUCAGGCUACACUGACAUUCAACAGACACCAUUUCUGCCAGGUUAGUGUUUAUCAGCUGCUUGACACAAGCAAAAACAACAACACACAGGACAAGAAGCUGCUGUCCUCUAGACUGAUUCCAGUCCACUCUACUGGUUGGGAAGUGUUCACCAUUACACAAGCAGUCCGCUCCUGGAUGAACGAUGAAGGCAGUAACCUGGGGCUCCAUGUGGUGGUUCGGACUCUUGGAGGAAGCCAUAUGGAUCUCAAGCUGAUCCGCUUUGCUUCAGGUCGCGACCACCACCAGAGCAAACAGCCCAUGUUGGUCCUCUUCACGGACGAUGGCAGCCGCUCUACUACUCUCGAAAGCAUUGGUGAUGCUGAAGUCACCUCCGACCUGCCCUCAGCCCCCAUGUCAGGGCCUCCCUCCCGCAUCGCCCGCUCCCUGGACUACAGCGAGGAGGAGGGUGCCUCUUCACCCUGCCAGCGUCAGCCCCUCUACGUCGACUUUGAGGAGAUCGGCUGGUCGGGCUGGAUCGUGUCUCCUCGUGGCUACAACGCCUACCACUGCAAAGGCUCCUGCCCCUUCCCUCUGGGUCAGAACAUGAGGCCCACCAACCACGCCACCGUCCAAUCCAUCAUCAACGCUCUAAAGCUGAUCAAAGGCAUUGAUACACCCUGCUGCGUCCCCGAUAAGCUCUUCUCCAUCAACCUUCUUUACUUUGAUGACGCAGAAAAUGUGGUGUUGAAACAGUAUAAUGACAUGGUGGCAGGAAGCUGCGGCUGCCACUGA